AUGAAGUUUCUUACAGUUUUUACCCCUUUGAUUGCCCUUGCCACGACUACCAAUGGAGGUCCAGUUAAGCGAACUCAGGAAGUUGAGAUAACCUUCAUUGGCGCAGCCAACGCUCAAUUUUCUCAAAGCUUCCCAGCCGACGGUUCUAUUAUCACUAUUUCUAAUGUAUUGAGUAUUUCGCAUAUCUCGUCCGACACUGCUGGCGUCCAGUGCGCUUUCAAUGGUAUUGACCACAGUGUUACGGCUGUGAAUGGAGCCGAAACCGUUGAUGUUGGCCCUCCUCAAACCCAGGUAUCUGGAUCUUGCCAGCCACUGGGAUCGGGUCCAAACCCUCCUAUGCCUGCUCCCCAACCUCAACCUGUUGGUGGCCAGGUUCAGGUCACCUUCAUUGGUGCAGCCAAUGCCCAAUUCGUCCAGAGCUUCCCCACAAAUGGUCAAGCUAUGCAAAUCACUAAUCCUCUCAGCAUCUCUCAUAUAGAGUUGGAUACUCAGGGCGUUGAUUGUAUCUUCGAGGGCAUUGACCAUAGUGUCACUGCAGUUAACGGUGCACAGUUGGUUGACGUCGGUCCUCCUCAGACUCAGCUAUCCGGUUCAUGCAUGGCAGCGUAA